AGAAAGAAGGGAAGGGCUGCAAUGAGAAGGGGUGUUACUUCUCGUUCACUCAGUAUGUUUCACUUGAUAUUGUAGUUCAGAGCUUGUAUACAAGCCACGUGGAAGAACACGUUACGUGGCUCGCUAUCAGCACAGCUGUGGAUCCGUUCGCCUCUCAGAUCGCCUCUAGCACCCGCACCCCUAGCCUGUACUUCACCCUCUGCAAUGUACAGAAAGUGUAAGGUAGUGGGAGUGCUGGCAGCUGUAACUGUGCUCUAUCUUCUCUAUGCUGACUUGGCGACUUCUUCCUCGAACCCAAAACGUAUUAUUAAUUAUGGAAAUACUCUAAGUUCAACGGAAACUGGGAAUGGAGAGAGGCACUCGGGUUCAAACAUAGCAGAGGAGGAGGCGACUAUCACUCAGUCCCUGCUGCCGGGGGAUUCUGAUUUUCCCUACGAAGAACUGAGUAUGGUCAGUGCUAGCACCACGUCACCCUGGGACCUGUUCCGGGAAGUCAACACCAGAACUGACAAUCACAACACUGAUGAUACUCCGCUGAAGAAGAUUUUGUACUGGAAUUUCGGUUACAAUGAAAAUCACUACUCUUUUGGUUAUGGCCGGGAGCCGUUCCUGCGUGCUGGGUGUCGUGUCAACACCUGCAUGACCACUGGUAACAGAUCCAAGUUUCCCCUCACGGAAAUAGAUGCCGUCAUGUGGAACUUCAGAUCCAGUGACCGUUCUCUUCCCAACCUACGGUCUCGACACACACGCUAUGUCUUCUUUAUGAUGGAACCAGCCUCUGUCCUGCACACAAAAAUUGAGCCUUUCAAUAAUGUCUUCAACUGGACGAUGACCUACAGACUUGACUCAGAUUUACCUAAAACGUAUGGUCAUGUAUAUAGACGCAGAAAGCCCCUGGAACCAAGCAACCGGAACUAUGCUGAAGGGAAAACUAAGUUCGCUGCGUGGUUUGUCUCUCACUGCGACACCACCAGCGGCAGGAAAAAGUUGGUUAAGACACUGAGGAAAUGGAUCAAGGUGGACCAGUAUGGACACUGUAGCAGUCUCAAGUGUGAACGUAAGGACGAGAAGAAGUGUUAUGCUAUGCUCGCCUCUGAUUACAAGUUCUACUUCUCCUUCGAGAACUCACUCUGUCGAGAUUACGUCACAGAGAAGCUUUUUAAUAUUUCAAGGUUGGACGUGAUUCCUGUGGUAUAUGGAUCAGCUAACUACUCACAGCAUGCGCCGCCACACUCUUAUAUUGACGCUCUCAGCUUCCCCACAGCCAAGGCGCUGGCAGACUACCUCAUCUACCUCAACAAUAAUGACACUGCCUACAAUGAAUACUUCAGAUGGAAGAGGUUUCACAGGAUUCCAGGCUGGUCAACAAAUGCCAAACCUUUCUGCGACUUGUGUGAGCGACUACACACAGACAAUGACACUAAAGUAUACAAUCUGAAGAAAUGGUUUGUCGAUGACUCUCACUGCAAGUAUAAGAGCAACCGGGAUGUCUCCGCGUUCAUUAAUGGACAUGGUCUUCACUGACAGAAGUUUUCCAUUACUGACAAUUUUCAUUAUCCUUGUGUUAUUUACAUGUUGGCUGGGCACCUUGGCAGCACUGACUAGGUCAGACAUUGUAAACUUAUAAUACUAAGUAUUUAUUACAAAUACAGUUUACACACUUGAAUACUAAUAUAAUGAAGGGAAUGUACGGGAAGUAUAGUGGUACCAACACACUUAUAUGGGUGUGAAGCAUGGGUUGUAAAUACUGCAGCGAGGAGGAGGCUGGAGGCAACGGAGAUGUCGUGUCUAAGGGAAAUGUGUGGAAAUUAGGAGGAGGUGUGGAGUUACUAAAAUUAUUACUCAGAGGGCUGAGGGGUUGUUGAGCUGGUUUGGUCAUUUAGAGAGGAAGGAACAAAGUAGAACGACUUGGAGAGUGUAUAAAUCUGUAGGGAAAGGAAGGCGGGGUAGGGGUCGUUCUACGAAAGGAAGUUUUGUGGGCGAAGGGCUUGGAAUUCCAACAAGCGUGCAUGAGCGUGUUAGGAGUGAAUGGAGUCGAAUGGUUUUUGGGCCCUGAUGAGCUGUUGGAGCGUGAGCAGGGUAACAUAUUGUGAAGGGAUUCAGGGAAACCGGUUUGCCAGACUUGAGUCCUGGAAGUGGGAAGUACAAUGUCUGCACUUUAAAUGACGGGUUUGUGAUACUUACUGCCGUAUCUGAGCGCCUCUGCAAAUACACUGAUUAUGUAUGAGUGAGGUGAAAGUGUUGAAUGAUGAAAGUUUUUAUUUCUUUUUUUGGGGUUUUCUUUCCAUUUGGGUCAUAUAUAUAUAUAUAUAUAUAUAUAUAU